GUUCUCUAUAUAAAAUUAUAAAACUCUCACAGUUUUAACUCAUCCCAACACUUCUAAAACCCUAGCUAGGUCAUAAGAAAUCCGCAAGAUCUUUGUGGAUUUCGGUUAACAGAGAUGUUUCCUUCAUCCAAUUUCUCUUUCUCACCAUCGUCGCUGUUCUCAGCGUACGCAUCCUUAACCGGAUUCUUGAUGCUCUUUAGAUCGUUGUUCAAUGAUAUCGUACCAGAGAGGCUCCGAUCAUACAUCACCGACUUACUCAACCGGUUCUUGACUCCGAAAUCAAAGAAUUUGACUAUGGUUAUCGACGAGAUGAUCGGAUAUAAGAGGAACCAAGUUUUUGACGCGGCGGAGAUGUACCUCCGGAACAAAAUCGGACCAGAGACAGCACGUUUUCGAGUAGGUAAACUCCCAAAGCAUAAGCACUUCACAAUAUCGAUCGUGAAAGGCGAAGAGAUCUUGGAUACUUUCGAGAAUUGCGAACUGAGAUGGAGUUACAUUGUAUCAGAGAAUGAGACAAGCGGAGAAGAGAAACGUUCCUACGAGCUCACGUUCGAGAAGAAGCUUAGAGAUAAAGUCAUGAACUCCUAUUUAAGCCACGUUGUAGCCGAAUCCGAGGAGAUUAAGAGGAAUCUGAGAGCGGUGAAGCUUUAUAGCAAAGAUGUGAGUGCGAGCAAAGAUGAUGAUGGAAUGGCUGGUGGUUGUUGGGGGUGUAUCAAUCUCGAGCAUCCAUCAACAUUCGAAACAUUGGCGAUGGAUCCGGGUGCGAAGAAGAAGAUUAUCGAUGAUUUGGAGAGGUUUUUGAAGAGAAGAGAGUUUUACAAAAGAGUUGGUAAAGCUUGGAAACGAGGUUACUUGUUGUAUGGUCCACCAGGGACCGGUAAAUCUAGCUUGAUUGCUGCGAUGGCUAAUUACUUAAAGUUUGAUGUGUUUGAUCUUGAUCUUAGUAGUAUUUAUGGAAAUGCUCAGCUAAAGAGAAUCUUGUUAUCAACCACGAAUCGUUCGAUUUUGGUUAUUGAGGAUAUUGAUUGUAGUAGUGCCGAGGUGGUAGAUAGGGAAGCUGAGUAUCAAGAAUACGAAGAGGGUUAUUAUGGAAAGGUGACUCUAUCAGGGCUUUUGAAUUUCAUUGAUGGGUUAUGGUCAAGUUUUGGGGAUGAGAGAAUCAUCGUGUUCACGACGAAUCACAAAGAACGGCUUGACCCUGCUCUGUUACGUCCUGGAAGAAUGGAUGUGCAUAUCAACAUGUCUUAUUCUACUGGUCUAGGGUUUAGGACAUUGGUCUCUAACUAUCUCGGUUUAGAUGGCUUAAACCAUCCUCUAUGUGAAGAAAUUGAGGCGCUGAUUGAUUCCACAGAGGUGACUCCGGCUGAGUUAGCUGAAGAGCUAAUGCAAGACGAUGACACGGAUGUUGUUCUUCGUGGAGUAGUUAGCUUUGUUGAGAACAGAAAGUUCGAGACAAGCAAAACCAAGGAGCUGGAGGAUUCUAAUUGUAAACUACUUGAUGGUGACGAAAAACACAAUGGUUCGAAGAAGAAGAAGAAAGGGAAAGGAAAAGGGAAAGGAAAGGCAUUAGGUUAAUCAGUUUGGUUUGAAGUUUUUUAUUUACUUUAGAAGAUAGGUGUAUUCGAGAAAU